AUGCUGCUAUGGAAGGCAAUUGUAAAGCAAAAAAGACAGCAGAAAAGAAACAAUGUCCCUGUCCAGCAUAAUCAUUUUAGAUCCUUCAAACCCACCUCUCUCUGUUAUCAUAUUAAUUCUCCCCGCCAACUCAUUCUCCCUCUUUCUCUUUCUCUUUCUCUUUCUCUCACACACUUUUCAUGCAUUUGCAAUUAAUGCACCAUCUUCUUCACCCCCAACAACAGCUCCACUGCUUUUACCCCUCUUGCUCAAUUUUAAAGAUACCGUUGGGCUCACAUUUGCUUCAUGCAACUACAAGCUGUCUUGAUUACCGGUCCACAUCAUCUUCAAACCAACUUGAUGUUUGACUCAGAGAAGAAGGGACCCAGAAUCUAUAUUCACUUAUUCAGAAUCUUGUGACUCUUCCUAACUGUCUUUUGCUUGGUCAAAUACUAUCUGAUCUGUAAAAUAUUAUUGAGAUUGAUUCUGGUCUACCAAGAAGAAGAGGGCUGUUCUUUGAUUUAAUACAGAUGGUCUGUUGUUUCGGGGUCUGAGAUAAUGGGGGUUUGUGUCUCGAUUAGUAGCAGGAGUAAUGGAGAAAGGAUAUCUCCUUCGUGUCUGUGGAUAGAUAUGUUUCAGCGCAAGAGGAGUAGGAGGACGUUUUCUGACCACGGCACAACAUUGCAACAUCUAUCCACUGUCCCUAACCGGAUAAUCACCAAUGGGAGGAGCAGCAGUUCUUGCAUAUUCACUCAGCAAGGCCGGAAAGGCAUAAACCAGGACGCUAUGAUCGUGUGGGAAGAUUUUAUGGCAGAGGAUGUUACCUUCUGUGGCGUCUAUGAUGGCCAUGGCCCCCACGGACAUAUGGUGGCUCGUAAAGUCAGGGACACGCUCCCGCUAAAGCUCUCUUCUUUUAUGAACUCAUCCGAGUCGAAGAAGAAUGGAUCAAGUGCUAAUUGCUGUAAUGGGAAUGUGAAAUCAGAUGUGGUAGAUCCCAUGAAGGAUGCACCUGUCGAGGAGGGAGUGGAGUCUUUGUGGGGAGAUGCUUUUCUGAAAGCAUAUAAGUCGAUGGACAAAGAGUUGAGGUCCCAUCCUAACUUGGAUUGCUUCUGCAGUGGGAGCACCGCUGUGUCGGUUAUAAAACAGGGUCAAAAUCUUUUCAUUGGCAAUAUUGGUGAUUCAAGAGCUAUUUUGGGAUCCAAAGAUAGCAACGAUGUGAUGGUGGCAAUCCAAUUAACAGUUGAUCUAAAGCCCGAUCUGCCUAGUAUGUUCUUUUUGUCUCAUUUAUAUGAUUUAAGAAGUCGUGUAGUUAUAUUAAUUAGGCAAACAAACUUAUGGUUGUUAUUACUUGAAACAGAGGAGGCAGAGAGGAUUAAGAGGUGUAAAGGUCGAGUUUUUGCUUUGCAAGACGAGCCUGAAGUACAAAGAGUGUGGCUACCAUUUGAUGAUGCCCCUGGUCUAGCAAUGGCUCGAGCGUUUGGGGAUUUUUGUUUGAAGGAAUACGGAGUCAUCUCUGUCCCUGAAUUCUCUCAUCGAACUCUCAGUGACCGAGACAAGUUCGUUGUUCUUGCUUCAGAUGGGGUAUGGGAUGUCCUUAGCAACGAGGAAGUGGUCGAGAUAGUAUCAUCGUCCCCAACGAGAUGCUCAGCUGCCCGUAUCCUAGUUGAGAACGCUGCCCGCGAAUGGAAAGCCAAGUAUCCGACAUCAAAGAUGGACGACUGCGCCGUCGUCUGCUUAUUCCUGGACGGGAAGAUGGACACGGAGUCCGAUUACGAGGAGCAGGGCUUCUCCUCAGCAACCCUCCAGAGCAACCACUCAGGCAACGUCGUGGAAUCAGACGACGGCCAGCACUCCGAGCCAUGCCUGCAGCGGAACUUCACUGUCAGGUCGUCAGAGGACAACAAGCACUACAACAGGGUGCCGGUUGUGGCGGACAAUGGGGAGAACGCCGGUGGCAGCGAGGAUCAGAACUGGUCGGGUUUGGAAGGUGUGACCAGAGUGAACUCUCUUGUUCAGCUUCCCAGAUUUUCCGAGGAAAAGACGAGGCAGUAACGACGUCGUUUAAGUGAUCUGUUUAGUUGUAACACUGCUGUGUUAUGUUUGAAAAGUACAAGAAAUGUGUUCUACUAUUUUUUUUCUUUUUUCUUUUUCUAAAAUUUGAUCAAUAUUUAUUUUGGUCAGUUGAAAUUUAUCUUUUAUUUUAUUCUGAAAA